GCGGACCAUAGAUUCUUCUACUUUUUUCCUCCACUAUUUCAAUACACUCCUAAAUAAUGUACGUCUUGGUAUCUUCUGCAACUUUUUGACUGGCAUCUCUCCGAUCCCUCUCUCUAUAUAUGUAUGUAUAUAUAUUGACGGCAUUCUUAUAUUUAUUUUACCUUAAAUUUGUAUCUCCGUCUCUAUUCUUUCCGGUUGUGCUCAACUUACACUAUUUAGGGCUGCGAAUAUCUUUCUAUUUUUUAAAAAUUCUUAAUUGAUUAAUUAAUCAGUUGUUUUUUUUUAUAAGGCGAGUAUGAUCUACUUCACUGCUCAUUCGGUUAGAUAUAUCCAUAUUUUAUAAUCUUGAAAUUCGUAUAUUCGAUUUCCUCUUCAAAUCCUUCUUGUUAUUGUCGUUGGUUGUUUCAAUCUCGUUUCAAUUUCUGUGAAAUGGAGUUGUAGUUGGAGGUGGGGUUUAUCACACCAUAUCAUAGAUCAUACCCUGUUCAAUUGCAUUCCUAAUAUUUUGUUCCUUUUUUCCAAUUCUAUUUUGGAAGCUAGGUUUUUAGAUAUAUAUAGAUAUAGAUAUAAAUAUAUAUAGUUAUAUAUGGAAAGAUUGUGUUAGAUGCUGGGACUAGUUGGAGAAAGAUCGUUAUGAUAAAGAGGCAAAAAAGCGUUUCCUUACUAACCUCAUUGUUCCAUCAGAACCACCACCACCACCACCGUCACUGGGGUUGUCGAUUUAUGGCACCCACCGCCUCCCUAGACCCGUUAUUCUCCAAGGAAUUAUACCUUCACCGCCACCACCAGCAAGCUUUUUUCAACACAAUUGAGCGGUCUUCGUCUGUCGGAAAGGUGUGGUCGUUGGUGGGUAAUGGUGGUUUGUUGCGGAAAAAUGGAAGACAAAUCAAUGGGUUGAUUCUCAAGGGUUGCUCUGACAGUCGUAAAGGGGUUGAUGAUAAUACUACUACUAACGGUGCUAAUGCGUUUCAGAAGACUCGGGCUUUUGUUCCAAGCCUGCCACAGCUGGUUCGCGGUCCUGACACCGACCAUCUUCUUGAACACGGAUCCGGUGCUGGAUUGUUGAACGGUCGCGGUGGUGCAUAUCACGGGCGAAGCCCCAUUGGAUUCCCACCACAACAAUUGCCUGAAAAAUUUGUUGUUGCUGUUGAUGUUGAUGAGGUUCUUGGAAACUUUGUAUCAGCUCUGAACCGAUUCAUUGCAGAUCGUUACUCUUUGAAUCACUCAGUCUCAGAGUACCAUGUCUACGAGUUCUUUAAGAUCUGGAACUGUUCCCGUGAUGAAGCUGAUAUCCGUGUUCAUGAAUUCUUUAAGACAUCUUAUUUCAAGACGGGGAUCCAUCCUAUUCCUGGUGCACGGCAGGCUCUUCAAAAGUUAUCAAGAUUUUGUAAUUUAUCAAUAGUGACGUCCCGGCAGAAUGCAAUCAAAGACCACACACUUGAGUGGAUUGAGAAGCAUUAUCCGGGACUGUUUCAAGAGAUUCACUUUGGCAAUCACUUUGCUUUAGACGGACAGUCUAGACCUAAAUCAGACAUUUGCAGGUCCUUGGGAGCAAAAGUUUUGAUUGACGAUAACCCAAGAUAUGCCAUCGAGUGUGCCGAGGUUGGAAUUAAGGUUCUACUUUUUGAUUAUGAGAACUCAUAUCCUUGGUGCAAGACAGAUUCUGUUGAUCAAAAUCCCCUGGUCACUAAGGUUCAUAACUGGGAAGAAGUGGAGCAUCAAUUAGCAUCAUGGAUAGUUUCAUGAAAAAUUCAUCCCAUAACUAGAUUCAUCAGACACCACCAAUAUCCAGAAACUGAUUUUUUCUACCCAUUAAAGCAGACAUAAUGCUGAAAGUAUGUAAUACACAUUGUGGUCUUUUCAGGAAGCAGCUCGAAGGAGACCAGCUAUAUAGGAUUUUGCAGUGUUAGGAAUACGAAAGCAAAAGCUUACAUUGUUCUACUAUUUUAUUUUCUGACAUCCGUUUGUUCCACCUUUUUUUCUUUUUCUCCUUUUUGUUUCCCAUAAGGGGAAACCAUGGGAUUGUCAAAUUGUGACAAGAACCUUCUUGAUUAUGAAGUUAAUUUCAUUUUACGAUUACAAA